AUGGCAUUUACAAGCAUAGUCACCCACCAUGACAGGACCAGCCUGGGUUAUUAUAAGAAUGACAGCACUGUGAUGUCUCUGUCUGGAAACGUUUUAAAUGACACAGAUUUCAUGUGUGACAAGAGGCAGGUCAUGAAGUUUGCUAGAACUUUCCUGCCAGUAUUUUUCUGGCUUGUCUUCUCUGUGGGCACGGUGGGAAAUGCUUUAGUCGUGCUUGUCUAUUGCAAAUACCGCUUCAGGAAGAGCAUGACGGAUCGGUACUUGCUGCACUUGGCCAUUGCUGAUCUGCUCUUGCUUUUCACCCUCCCUUUCUGGGCCAAAGCUGCCUCUGAUGGCUGGAUCUUUAAGAGUUUCAUGUGCAAAACUGUCAACAGCAUGUAUAAAAUCAACUUCUAUGGCUGCACCUUGUUUCUAACGUGUAUCAGUUUUGACAGGUACAUCACUGUUGUCCAGGCAACAAAAGCUAAAAAUUCUAAGCAAAAAAGGUUUCUGCGCAGCAAACUCAUUUGCUUGGCUGUCUGGCUGAUAUCUGUGAGCCUGUGCAUCCCAGAAAUUGUGUACAGUGAAAGUAGGCAAGUUGGCAAUGUAACAGCUUGUAAAAUGACAUACCCACCAACCAUCAACAGGACCUUCAGAGUUACUGUCCUGGCUUUGAAAAUCAUGAUAGGAUUCUUCCUUCCGCUCCUUGUCAUGGUUAUUUGUUACACUCUUAUCAUCAACACCCUCCUUCAAGCCAAAAGAUCCCAAAAGCAGAAAUCAUUGAAGAUCAUCACCACCAUUAUCACCACUUUCCUCCUCUCUCAAUUCCCGUACAAUAGUGUUUUGCUAGUCAAAACCAUCAACACGUACACCAGUGUCGUGCACAACUGUCAGGCUGCCAACUGGAUGGACAUUGGGCUGCAGGUCACCCAGAGCAUUGCCUUCCUGCACAGCUGCCUCAACCCGUUCCUCUACGUCUUUGCUGGGGAGCGCUUCAGGAAAGCGCUCUGUAGGAUUAUGCACAGCUUCGUCCACUGCUCGAGCGGAGGCCAAGACCAAUGCUCCUCCGUGUACGACAGCCAGGAGCGGAGCUCAAACUGGUCUUUUGCGAUGCUGGGGAGACGACGAGUGAGAAGCUCCCUGACCCUGAGCACCCAUUUGAACUUCUCUAUUGUGCCCCCCUCCUGCCAAGCCCUCAUGUAA